CAUUUCUGAAUUUGCAUUCUCUGAACAAAUAAAAUUAAUGAUAAAUCGCUAUGUAUAUGUUUGUUUCGACACUAUAUAUUUAUUUAAUGAGCAAAUAUAACAUUUCGUCCCACGUGCUAAACAUUUGACCUGAUUCGUGACCUUUGUCACGCCUUGAACGGCUAUGUAUUAGCGUAUAUAAUCUGGCUGCAUGUGGUGCCAUUACAAUACUAUACCAGGCGGAGAAUACAGGAGAUUAUCAGAGAUUCUGACCCGGAUACGUAACACCUCUCAACCAAAAAUGAAAUACACAGCUCUCCUGACGGUGGUAACGGUUACCCUUUACCUGACGUGCACGUGUGUGGACGGUCGCAUCAUUGCCCGGCGCGGCUUCAUCAUAGACCGACAGUUCGAGGACAGCAAGUGUGCGUACGACGAUAGCUACAACACCAUUUGCUACGGAUGUGGGCGACAGUUCAGCAGUGUAGAACUUUUCACAGAGUGUUGCAACGAAGAAAGUCAAGUGGCGCGAUUCUGUAGUAGAAUAUAUGGAAGAAGAUGACGAUAGUUACGGCAUCAUCGUCUAAACAAACAUGGGGCAGUGCAAGAUCUUUAUGACAUAAAAAAUAUUUAUAGCAAAAACGUGAUUUAGUGUUGAAUGAGGGAGGACGUUAAAUUAGCGUUUUUCACGAGGAGCAUCACAUGCUGCGCAGGCAUUCGUGAUCGAGGGAUAGAAGAAUACAGGGUUAUAUUCUCGCAUAUGAAUCUGAGACAGGAACCAGUAACGGAGGACAUAAUCUCGUCUGGCAAGUACAUCGUACUUGUACGUUAUGUUAAAAGACAUUUGGGAUUGACUUUUUCUAAAAUAAGCAUUUCGUGAAAUUAUAGAAUCUGAAAUUUUUUAUUCUCUUACUUGUAUUCAAGGUGAGCCAGGACGUUUUGGGUGCUCGCUGUUAUCUCGUCUGAUAAUUGUUGGAAUGCCAUGGAAAAAAUGUUUUAUUUUAUUUUAUACAUUAAAGUUUAACUCAU